ACUACUCAUAUUUUGGUCUACACUUCCACCACAAAUGCUUCCCAUUGCCCACAUAUAUGAUCCCUCAAUAUUCUCCAUCUUCCUUCACCACAAAUACAAUGCCAACACCCAAACACAAGCCCCCGACGCCAAAGCGUCCGCCCCCGCCGGCCGCCAAUGCAGUGGCGCCCGACCAAUCCCCGACGAGGCCCCAACCCUCCCUCGAGCAGCCGUCCCACAGGAAGACCCCAUCAAAAUCCACCAAACUCUUCCGGCGGGUGAAGUCUGUUUUCCGGUCAUUCCCAGUGAUCAACCCACCGUGCAAGAUGCCGGCCCCCAUGCACAUGAGCCGUAUGCACGAUGGGCACGUGCACGGCGGGAAGCAGAUGAGCGGAACCCUAUUCGGGCACCGGAGAUCCCGCGUGAACCUGGCCAUCCAAGAGAACCCUAGGUGCCUGCCCAUGCUGGUGCUGGAGCUCUCCAUCCAGACGGGGAAGCUGCUGCAGGACAUGGGGCUCGGGCUCGUGAGGAUCGCGCUCGAGAGCGAGAAGAACCCGUCGGAGAGGAUCAAGCUCAUCGAUGAGCCCAUAUGGACGAUGUACUGCAAUGGGAGGAAAGUGGGGUAUGCCGUGAAGAGAGAGCCCACCGUGGAUGACUUGAAGGUCAUGCAGCUGCUGCAUGCGGUGUCCAUGGGAGCCGGCGUGCUGCCGGUCGCCGCCGCUGCGGAGGGGGAGCUCACCUACAUGCGGGCUCACUUUGAGAGGGUUGUCGGCUCCAGAGACUCCGAGACGUAUUAUAUGAUGAAUCCCGAUGGGAAUAGUGGGCCCGAGCUCAGUAUCUUCUUUGUUAGAGUUUGAACAUUAGGGUUAUUAUUAAAAAUAGCCCCAAUUUUUAUCUCAGGAUGAUUUGUUUACCGGGAAUUUACAAAAAAAUAUAUAAAUAUAGCUAGAAUUUAUUUUUAUUUGUUCAAUGUGUAGCUCGUCAAAAUUUGGUAAGGUAA